AUGUUUAGUAAAUUUCUGAUAGAAAUUGGUUUCGCUUCUUUGGAUCGGGAUUCCUAUAAUAAACUCAAAUCGAUUACAUCAAAAUGUGAUUAUGACGAGUUUAAGCAAGAAUUUGAACUGUAUGCUUUGGAGAAAAUAGGAGAAGAUGUAUGGUUCAAAUAUUAUGGCAUAAUGGACUCCUCUUCGAAGGAGGGAAAACCAUCUGUCAUUAUUAGAAAACAAUAUAAUUGUGACAUCGAAGAAAUUUACAAUAUUAUUAAAUAUGCAAUAUCUUAUGAUCCUGUUGUCGCAUACUUUAAAGCAUUAUGUGAAAAUUUAUCCGGAAUGGCAUUGAGUGAAAUAGAACGAUACAAUAAAGAAGUUUCGAAUUAA